ACAGUCAAUACAGUUGAUCCCCAAUCAGCUGGGCGAAAGCUAGCUAAACAUGCUAAGCUAACCCAGGAGAGCGUUUAAUAUGGCUGGAGAUUGUGCAUUUGAUACACGGGGUGCACUGGAAGGGCGGUGUUAAACAACAACGAAGGGAUAUUAAGCGAGCCGCCUCUGAUGCCGGGCGAGCCGGUGAUACAAUCUAACGCACGUUUGGCUAACUGUGCCUGUUGAAAUGGAUAUUCUAAGAGACGAUGAAGAGCAGGAGCUGAAAUACAAGCGCGCGGGGCGUUUGGACAUGAGCCACGGCUUCCUGCACCAUAUCCGGAGGAACCAGAUUGCUAGGGAUGACUAUGAUAAAGAGGUGAAGCAUGCCAAAGAGCUUCAGCGGCGGAGGCACACCACAACCCCCAGGCGACCCCGUCGACCUGACAUCCAAGUGUACCAUCCACGGCAAAGACAUGGAUCCGAACCAGGGGCUGGUGCUGAGGCUGAGGAGUGGAACGAGAGUGGGUCGAGCACAGAGACGGAAACCCACGGGACUGAACUUUUCUGGCUCGACUAUCAGGCAGACUCUGGUGCCAUUACAUCCUUUCUUGUGCACAAGGAUGAUAAGCCUGAGAAAGUAGUGGAACGUGUUGCGGAUAAGAACAGCUUGGAUUCAGCCAUGAGGGCAGCUCUGGUGGCUCGGAUUCGAAAGGAAAUGGACAAAAGACGAGACAAACGCUGAGCGAUAUCGAAAGCAAGAAUGUGAUGUCAAAGGCCCUACAGGCAAAGGCCUGUGGAAUAAUAUUUCGUACACAGUUCUGUGCUCCUCCGUGAUCAUGUUCACAUUAUUGGAGGAAUAAUGAGGAACUAGUUCCUGUGCAGCAGCUGUCAGCAGAGAUCCCAAUGUGUUCUCCAGCAAAGUUUUCUGUUAUUAAAGGAGAAGGAACGAUCAGUUAGUACAGACAGUGUGGUGUGGAGACGUUAUGUUCACUGCAUUUUACUCAUCUUAUACCAUUACCUCAUACAAUGACUGAGCAUAUUGUUGACUGGACCUAUAAAUGUAUGUUUCAGAAAGGACCUUGUUAACCUUGAUCCUCCACUGAAUAUGUUUGUGUUUCUUCUGUUUACAAAAAUCUAGGUUUUGUAUUGAAACUGUUUUUGGUAAAGAGUUAAGAUCAGAAUUACAGCCUGUCACUGAUCCUAUGUUGUAAAUGUGCGACUUCAAUUUUGGUUCAUAUUGAGUUGAAGAGUUUAGUGGAUGAAGCCAUGAUACUGUGUUUGUGUGGCAACUGUGUUUUGUUGUUUUCAGUAUUCUAAUUUAUUCAGGGUUGUUGAAAGACUUUUAUUUUUGAUACUGUAAUAUAUUUGACAACAACUCUUUACACGUAAGAUGACAUAUACAUAAAAAAUAUUAUUUACUGUCCAAAUGUGACUCUUCUCAAUGUUUUGCUGGCAUAUUUAUGUUUGAGGCCAAAAUAACAGAGCAAUGCAUUUUAAGACACUGAUAUUACACAUGUUUUCAGCAGGUGGCGCUGUGAAUCCAUUUUCAACUGCACAUUCCUGUAUAGCUUCUAUUGAGCCUCAACUGCUGUUCUCAUACUUUCAAAUGAGAAUGUAUAGUCUCUCGGUGCAUAGUAGCACUUAAUCUGCAUAAACAUGACUAUAUAUUGUCAUGUUCAUAUAAAAGUCCAAGAGAUAUUCUAGAAAAUGUCUCUACGAUCAGUUAAUUAACAGAGAAAUAAAAGUGGUGAAAGCAGAG